ACUCCAGAUAUUUCCUUUCCAUUUUUCGAUUCCCACCUCCUCCCCUUCCUCCACUCCCGGCCUCCUCACCCCCAAUAUUCUCGACGGCGAUCCGAUUGGGGAAGGGUUCUGGCCUGAGAGUAUUGCGUGCCGUGCGGGAUCCGUCGCUGUUUUCUUCGAAAGAUCGGAUUUGGGCUGCUGAGUUGUGCUCCCAGAGGUCUUUUCCAUCAAAUUUCGUCUCGAUUUCGGCAAAAAGAUUGGAUUUUUAUUCAGGGACUCACUGUAAGAGGUUUUGCUGUGAGCGGAGGUUUGGAUUUUCCCCCCUUUCUCUUUAGGCUUAAAUCUGAAGGAUUUUCUCCAGAUUUCGUCUCGACUUCGGCGAAAAGACUGGAUUUUGCUAUCUGGGGUUCGCUGUAAGGGUGCUCAACCUCUGUUUUUGCCGUGGUUCUGCGACUGUUGGUGAAAGGAGGUUUGGAUUUUUAUUUAUUUAUUUUCGCUCUAGUGUGAAGACGGAAGAAAUUUCGUCGAAUUUUGCUUCGAUCUCGGCGAAAAAAGGGGGUUUUCUAUCUGGGAUUCACUGCGAGACUGUUCGACCUCUGGUGUGAUCUUUCUAUCUCGGAUGCACUGUGCCACCGGUGCUAGAAGGUUUGGAUUCUUUUGUUUUGCUCUAGUUUGAAAAUUGCAAGGAAGAAUUCGUUUUCUUUCUCCUCGGUUUCGGUUCAUAUGCUUGGCAUCUUCUGACCUUUGUCCGAUUUGGAAGAAACCCCUUUUCUCAGUCGGGACGAUCGGAGCUCGAGAUUUUCGGAGGAUCUAUUAGGGAUUAGCAGUUGUGGAUGGGAGUUGGGGAGUAUUUCUUUAAGUUUCGUCGGCUUUCUGGGUUUGCUGAUACGGCUUUGUGGUAAGUCGGUGAAGUUGAACGCAAUGAAAGGGGGGAAAGAGAAGGAUAGGAUCAUGGGGCCUCUGUUUCCAAGGCUCCAUGUGAAUGAUACAGAUAAAGGAGGUCCCAGAGCACCUCCGAGGAACAAAAUGGCACUCUACGAGCAGCUCAGUAUACCUUCACAAAGGUUCAAUUCAGCUGCUUCUUCAAUGCCUCUUCCUCCUCCCAACGCCAGCACCUUAGUUCCUUCGGCUUCGUCAAGCCAGGGGUGUGGGCAUGAGAGGAAUGUUUACUCUCCAUUUUAUAUGCCUGCUCAUACACCAGCUCAUUCAUCUGAGAGAGUUAACUCCUGUUCCUUUGAUGGAAUGAAUCUCAAUGCCACAAGGAUGGAAUUUGCACGAAGAUCCAUAAAGCAUACGAGUAAUAGAUCUUUGAAUGCUGCAGGAUCGGUUGCUGAACGUAGUUCACUACGUCAACAUGACUCCAAUGGAAAGAACUCUUGUGAGAAGAAGUUGGAUGAUGAGGAUGAUUUUAGGGUUCCAACCUUUGUUCAGUCAGGAAUUGGUGCAUGCUCAGAUAGAGACGCACCUUUGAUGGGCCCAGAAAAAUUAGCUCUCAUUUCCAAAAGUCCACAGAAAAAUACCUCUACCACAUUCAUCUCUUCACUUCAAUGCCCAAAUGCUAAUGACAAACCCUCUGAACAAACCAAUACUUCUGAUAAGUCGAUAGAUUUUGAUAGAAACAAUGGUGGGAAGAAACCUAAAGAAACUUUAGUGAUUGAAGAUCUCAAAGAAAGGUCUGUACCUCACCAGGAAUCGGGAGAAAAUUUUGGAGAACCAUCAAAUGUUUCCAAAGUGCCUCUAGAUAGAGAUCACCAGAGUACCAUAAAUGUUCUUGAGAAGUCACGCCAUGGAAGUACAGGAUUUUCUCGAGAUUCUUGUGGUAAUGGAGUUUUAGGUGGACCGAAGAACAUGAAUGACAUCAAUUUAGUAGAAAGUAGGGAUGCUUCAAGGGCAAGAAAUAAAUCAAUGUCCAAACCAUCACUUGAGAACAGUCAUGGAACUUCAAGUACGGCUGACAAGUGCAACGGAGAAUGCGGUGAUAAGGAAAAUGGCAGAUUGGAAAUGAAAGAUGGGGAGAAAAAAGACGAAGUAUCUGAGGCUUCAAUGGUGGACUCUAUUUCAGGCUGGGAGAUAUCUCCAGAUGAUAUUGUUGGUGUAAUCGGUCCAAAACACUUCUGGAAAGCGAGAAGAGCUAUUGUCAAUCAACAGAGAGUUUUUGCACUCCAAGUUUUUGAGCUGCAUAGAUUAAUAAAGGUUCAAAAGUUGAUUGCAGCAUCACCACAUCUACUUCUUGAAGGCAAUCCUUAUUUAAACAAAUUUUCAGCAAAGGUACCAAGUAAAAGUCUACCACCUGAAGGAAACACAGAAUCUCUGCUACAGACUGUUAAACACAAAGAUAGUUUCCAGAAGCCAAACCAGAAUGCAGAGUGUCCAUCAGAGAACGCUGCAGGAGCUCCAACUUUUCCUUCUUGUGAAGACGAAGUUAACCAAGGUCUUCAUGAUCAGGUUCCGAGAAAUGAACCGUACUCUGGGACCCCCUCACCUAUGUCCAUGGCUCCGGAGAAUAAUCCAAGUGCCUGGUGUUUCCAUCUGCCUGCAAAUCAAUGGCUGGUCCCAGUUAUGUCACCUUCAGAAGGACUUGUUUAUAAGCCCUAUACUGGACCUUGCCCUCCAACUGGUGGUUUCAUGGGCCCUGUUUAUGGAAGCUGCACACCUUUGAGUCUACCACCAGCAGCUGGAGAUUUCAUGAACCCAGCUUAUGGUGUUCCAGCUUCUCAUCAGCCACAAAAUAUGGGUGUUCCCUCCGGUGCUCCUCCUGUUGCUCCAAACUACUUUCCUGCUCCUUAUGGCCUUCCAGUUGUGAACCCAGUUAUCUCAUCCUCAGCAGUUGAACAAGUAAACCCAUGGCCUGGCUUAGGGCCUCAUGGACAAAUUGACCAGCACUCACGGGGCUCGUGUAACAUGUCACAUCCAAAGAGUGAAGCAUUUUCAUGUUUUUGGAAGUUUCAGGCAUCUAAAGACAGUGAGUUGCAAGGGAGUACAGCAAGCAGUCCUUGUAUGAAAGCACAAGAAGAAAGCGAUGCAUUGCCCCUCUUUCCUAUGGCCCCAGCUACAGACGGUCCAAACCGACCUUCACAGUCUAGUGGCAGAGAAAAUCAGACUCGUGUGAUUAAGGUUGUGCCUCACAAUGCCAGAUCCGCAACAGAGUCAGCAGCACGGAUUUUCAGGUCUAUACAGAAAGAGAGAAUAACAUGAUUUAUAAUUCAUAUACAUGUAUCUCCAAUUGUGUGCUUCCCCAACUUUAUGUGGAUCUACCUGUGGGCUCAACUGCAGUCACCUUGGUGCCUGAUGGUGUUUCCUUGCCAUAGUUCAGAGUAUUUUGGUAUACUAUAAAUAGGUUACUGGUGUCUGAUCUAUUUUGUUUACAUGUAAAUAUGAUCCUCUGAAAUCUACAAAAAUCAACAUUUUGUAGCUUUUCUUUUCUGCAUUUUGUGCUGAGCAGACUUCUCAAUGUUAUCAUUUUAGAGAAUCAAUCUUAGAUAUAAGCUUUGUUUUACAAGAGUACAAAUUGAGCUGUACAACAACUCUUCUCUUGGUAGGGAGGAUAUUUUGUUUCUGGAGAAAAGGGAUUCUUAGUUCUUGCUGCCUGUACAGGUAA